AAUAUUUUAAAAGCUAUUUAUAUUAAAGAAAUACAUAAUAUUAUCUAAUAUAUAAAAAUAGAUAUACUAAUUUAACUAUUUUCACUGUAUUAUAUGCUGCCACUUAAAGAAAGAAAUACAUAAACUCUAAAAACUGCAUCUAAAAUGUCUUUAGCUGAUGAGUUGCUUGCUGACUUGGAGGAGAAUGAUGAUGUUGAACUAGAAGAUGCUAUUGAAAGUACAACUGAUGUUAAUCCUGAAUUCACAGUACCUUUUCCUGUGGUCCCUAAAGAAGAAGAGAUUAAAAAUGUUUCUAUUAGGGAAUUAGCAAAACUAAGACAUUCUGAUAGAUUAAAAAGAGUAAUCACUGAAAUUGAAAAAAAUUUUGGUAAUGACCGUAAGAAAAUGGAAGUGACUGGAUUAAUGGAAUCAGACCCUGAAUAUCAAUUAAUUGUUGAGGCCAAUAAUAUUGCUGUUGAGAUUGAUGGAGAGAUAGCAAUUAUUCACAGAUUUGUCCGUGAUAAAUAUCAAAAGCGUUUCCCUGAGCUAGAAUCGUUGAUAAUAACACCACUGGAAUAUAUCCACACAGUGAAAGAACUUGGCAAUGAUCUGGACAGGGCUAAGAGCAAUGAGAUACUACAGAGUUUUCUGACACAGGCAACCAUCAUGAUUGUCUCAGUGACUGCAUCAACUACACAAGGAAAGUUGUUAUCAGAAGAUGAAUUGGAAGAGGUAAUUGAAGCAUGUGAUAUGGCUUCAGAGUUGAAUAAUUAUAAGCUGCAAAUAUAUGAGUAUGUGGAGAGCCGGAUGACAUUUAUUGCACCAAAUAUAACAGCAAUAGUUGGUGCAUCAACUGCAGCCAAAAUUCUUGGUGUGGCCGGUGGUUUGUCUAAAUUAUCAAAGAUGCCAGCUUGUAAUGUACUACCCCUUGGCCAACAGAAGAAGACACUCUCGGGAUUUUCUCAAGCAGCAUCAUUACCACACACCGGCUUCAUUUACUUUUCUGAAAUUGUACAAGAUGCAACUCCAGAGUUAAGGUUCAAGGCAGCAAAACUAGUAUCAACGAAGCUAACACUUGCUGCAAGAGUUGAUGCGUGCCAUGAAAGUACAGAUGGACGAAUUGGUAAACAACUUCGUGAUAGUAUUGAGAAGAAGCUUGACAAAUUACAGGAACCGCCGCCAGUGAAGUUUGUGAAGCCACUCCCGAAACCCAUCGAGCAGAGCAGGAAGAAGCGAGGUGGCAAGCGUGUCAGGAAGAUGAAGGAGCGAUAUGCUAUGACUGAGUUUCGCAAGAACGCUAACAGGCUUAACUUCGCCGACAUUGAGGAUGACGCGUACCAAGAAGAUCUGGGCUACACGCGAGGCACCAUUGGCAAGUCCAGCACGGGCCGCGUCCGGCUGCCGCAGGUCGACGAGAAGACCAAAGUGAGGAUCAGCAAGACGCUGCAGAAGAAUCUCCAGAAGCAGCAGCAGUAUGGUGGCGCCACCAGCGUGCGGCGGCAGGUGGCUGGCACCGCGUCCUCGGUGGCCUUCACACCGCUACAGGGUCUCGAGAUAGUGAACCCUCAAGCAGCGGAAACUAAAGUGAACGAAGCAAACGCCAAAUAUUUUUCAAACACGUCCGGAUUCCUGUCAGUCGGGAAAAAAACAACUUGAAAUGGUGACAGUCGACUGAUGACGUUUAUUUGUGUAACAAUAUAAUAUUAUGAUUUAUGAA